AUGGAUUUCUCUCUGCCCUCUGCCCUGGAGUCCAGUGUGCGGGUGGACUUCUCUGAGCUCUGCCACCCUGCUCCCAGCCCCUUAGCUGGAGUCCCGAGUGCCUGGAAAGCCGGCCAGCCCCACAAGCCCACUGACGUGUAUGAUUUUUCUGAGAAUUCUGGAAUCUCGAGCAUGGGCAGGAUGAGUGACAAUGAGAAAGAUGAAGAACCUUAUGAAUCCUUUGAGCCUCCUUUGCAUAGCACUGCUAUCUACACUGAUGAAGCUGAGCUCUCCAAGCACUGUGGGUCAUUUAUCCCUUUAACUCCGCAAGGAAAAGAAGCAAAAAGAAGUUCGAACACCUCUGAAAUUGAAGAAAGUGAAAACGAGUCUGUAAAAAUUAGUGCAAAAAAGCGAGGAAGAAAACCCAAGCCCAUUGGUGACGAAUCGGAACGCUGCAACGAAAGGGAUAAACCAGCAGAGAAAACAGGCAGCCAACAACCUGACGCUGUGUCGUCUUCAGAACUUUCGGAGAAAUCGGCUGAACUUGGCGCCUCUAAAAAGAAAACUCAGAAAAAGAAGGCAUUUCGUGGCAAAAGAAAGAAAUCAAGAAGCGAAGCUAUGGACUCAGGCAUGUCUGACUGUGCACAUAUUUGGUGUCUAAAAGGAAAGAAAAGCAGUGACAUCAUGGACUUAGAUGUUGUUUUGUCAGCAUUUGAGAAAAUCCUCCCCGAGUAUAAACAAAAUAUAGAAUCUAACAUUUGCAAGGAAGCAGUCGGCAAAUUUCAUUCUAGUAUGAAAGAAGAACUCAUCAAAAUGCUUGCCGAAGUCCAGAUGUUGAAAACUCUGAGGAGAAGGAAUGCUAAGACGAUUGCAGAUAUUGAAAAGAAAAGGCAGCGUUUGGUUGAAGUCCAGGAUGAACUGCUUUGUUUAGAACCACAGCUGAAACAACUACAAACACAAUAUGAUGAGCUUAAGGAGAGAAAAUCUUCUCUGAAGAAUGCAGCGUAUUUCUUAUCUAAUUUAAAGCAGCUUCAUCAAGAUUAUUCCAAUAUUCAGGAGAGACAACCACAUGUAAAGGAAACGUAUGACUCAUCCAGCCUUCCAGCGCUGUUAUUCAAAGAAAGAACUCUCUUAGGAGCUGAGAGCCACCUGCAAAAUAUCAACCAUCAAUUGGAGAAACUCCUUGACCAGAAAUGAGACAGUGUGCUAAAACAUGCCUGCCUGGCUGAAGAUGAGUGCCACGCUCCUGCCUUCCAAAGCUCCUCCUCAUUGUUGCAGCCACACUCCUGGGCACAUGGAAGAAAGUCAACGUGUCUAGUUGUUCAGGCAGGUGUGUGGCCGUGUCGCCAGUUUGUACAGUAGUUCGAGCGGACAUAAUUAACUUGCCAGGUUAGUGUCCUGAGUGAUAAGUUAAAAUGUUGACACUAAAUCC